GGCAAUCUCAUCCAUGCAAGGAACCUGGACUUUGGACUGUUCAUGGGAUGGGAUUUAAAGAACAGGUCUUGGGUCAUCACAGAGAAGCUGAAGCCUCUGGUUGUCAACAUAGACUUCACGCGAAAUGGCCAGACAGUCUUCAAAUCCACCAAUUUUGCAGGAUAUGUCGGGAUGUUGACCGGCAUUCAUCAGAACUCGUUCACUCUCACUAUGAAUGAGCGAUUCAGUCUGGAUGGAGGAUACAUCGGGAUUCUGGAGUGGAUCUUGGGAAAGAGAGACGGCAUGUGGAUGAGUUUCCUGACUCGCUCAGUGCUGGAGAAUGCAACUAGUUAUGAAAGUGCCAAGGCUCUGCUGUCUGAUACUAAGCUGUUGGCUCCAGCCUACUUUAUCCUGGGGGGAAACCAGUCGGGUGAAGCCUGCAUUAUAACCAGAUCCAGAACACAAAACAUCAGCCCGCUGGAGCUGAAUGUGAAGAACGGCAGGUGGUAUGUGUUGGAGACGAACUAUGACCAUUGGAAAGAGCCUCUGUUUUUGGACGACCGCAGAACUCCGGCUAUGAAAUGCAUGAAUCAGACCACACAGACUAAUAUCUCAGUAAAGACGGUUUAUGACGUUCUGUCCACUAAGCCAGUCUUAAAUAAGUUGACCACAUACACUACUCUUAUGGAAGUUUCUAAGGGAACACUGGAGUCUUUUAUUCGUGACUGUCCAAAUCCCUGCAUGCCCUGGUGAAGAACUCAAGACCAUAGUACACUUCUGCACUCUAUCUGAAGACAGCAAAAUAUGAUGAAUGUGAGUGUCUCUGUUUAGGAAGGGAAAUAAUUCUAAUUUUAGCACUGUUCAAAUCAGCAGUCUUACAUUUUAAAAGGUUUGCAACAUCUGAUUCAGAAUCACAUGAGCUUUGUUGGGUAUAUAAUCAAGCUUAACCUGUCAAACAGGUAGAACAGCUUAUUUAACACAGGUCUAAGGAUGUGUUAUCAAACAAAAUGCACUGAGAAUGUUUAUUGCGCAUGACAUAUUGUACAUAAUUUUUAAUCAAAUUUUUUUUGGAUGUGAUUGUAUCUUUUUUGUUGUUUUUGUAAUGAUAUAUUAGCGUCUGGAAAAUACAAGUAGAACAUAUUUCAACUUGAUAAUCAACACUACUGGUGCCUUAAUAAUAAAUCAUUGACCAAAA